AUGUGCGAGGGCAUCCCCAAUUAUUCUCUGUUCAUCCUGGGCAAGCGCAACCCGAUUCGCGCGGCAACCAUCAGCUUGGUGAAGGGGCCGUACUUCGACCAAUUCAUCCUCCUGUUGAUUCUCGCCAACUGCGUCUUCCUCGCGAUGGACACGAACGAGGUGCUGUUCGAAGAGAGCUCGUGGGGCAAAGCGGUGUCGAUGUCCGAGGUCGUUUUCACGGGCAUAUACGUGGUGGAGAUGAUCCUGAAAAUCAUCGCCAUGGGCUUCGUGCUGGGGAAGGGGAGCUACCUGAGCGAUCCCUGGAACAGGAUGGACUUUUUCGUCGUCGUGCUCGGACUGUUGGCGUACCUGCCGGGCAUGGGAAACUUCUCGGGGAUCAGGACGGUGCGAAUAUUGCGUCCGCUGCGAACGAUCACCGGCGUGAGGGGCAUGCGGCAGCUCGUGGUGACCCUGCUCCGGUCCCUGCCGAUGCUCCUCGACGUUUUGAUCCUGGUGUUCUUUGCGUUUUUCAUCUUCGGCAUCGUCGGCUUACAGCUGUUCAUGUCGAAGACGUCGCAGCGGUGCGCCAUCUUGGCCAACCCCGCGAGCGGCUGUGCGCUACCCGCGGCACCCGUGUGGGAGUUUCAGGGGGGCGAGGGCGGCGACGAGCUGUGCUCCGGCCCUAGUUUGGGCUCCUAUCCGAACCGCGGGGACGGCGGCGAAGGGAACUCGUGUCCGGCCGGCCAGUACUGCGUCACCCAGCGAAAGCAGGAUCUGCCAAACUUUGGGUACAGCAACUUCGACAACAUCGCGUGGGCGUGGCUGACAAUCUUCCAGUGCAUCAGCAUGGAGGGCUGGACCAACAUCAUGUACAUGGUCAUGGACACGGUGACGACGUGGACGUGGCCGUACUUCGUCGUCCUCAUCGUCUUCGGAUCGUUUUUCGCCGUGAACUUGGCGCUCGCGGUGCUGUUCGUGUACUUCACCGGCGCGGGGACGGAUGGGGAGGAUCCGGAUGAGGAGAAGGAGUUACCCUUGCCGACGCAGGACGGCGAGGUGGCGGUGACGCACAAGAACGCUCUGCAGAAAGUAUGUUUCAACAUCGCGUCCUCGACCCGGUUCGAGCAGCUCACGAUCGGUCUCAUCAUCCUUAACACCGUGGUGAUGGCGUCAGAUCACAACCGCAUGCCAAAGGAGCAACAGCAGGCUAACGAGUACGUCAACUUUUUCCUCUUCGCCUACUUUGUCGUCGAGAUGAUCAUCAAGCUCAUCGGAUUCGGCCCGAGGGGCUACGCCAAGGAUCAGAUGAACCUAUUCGACGGGUUCGUAGUGCUCAUGUCGUGCGUCGAGGUUGUCGUGGGUUUCAUAUCGAGCGACAACGGCAACAACUACCUCUCUGUGCUUCGAACGUUUCGUCUGCUUCGCGUGUUCAAGCUGGCGAGGUCGUGGAAGCAGCUGAACGACAUCAUCACCACGAUGUUCAAGUCGCUCGCGGGCAUCUCGUAUCUCUCCCUGAUUUUGUUGCUGUUCAUGUACGUGUUUGCGCUGCUGGGCAUGCAGCUGUUUGGGAGCGACCACGCUAGGCACUCGUUCGACAACAUCUUCUGGGCGUUCAUCACGAUAUUCCAGAUACUCACCGGCGAGAACUGGAACGAGGUGAUGUACGACGGCAUGAGGCACGUGAGCGAGUGGACGUGCAUCUACUUCAUCGUGCUGGUGGUGCUGGGCAACUACAUCAUCCUAAACCUGUUCCUUGCGAUCCUCCUCGAUAACUUCGCCGCUGGAGAUAACGAGGAAGGGGAGAAAGGGGAGGGGAAGAAAGGGUCGAGGCCGUCCUCGCGCGCCAAUGCUGGCAGCCGACCGGGCUCGCAAGGCCCGUCGAUCAAGGACGAGAAGGGAAACAAGCUAAAGAGCUACAACUCAAUAGCGGCGUGGAAAGCUGAGGAUUUCAACCCGAAGACGAGCGAGCUGGACAAGCUCAAGGCGCAGGGCGUGGACCCAAAGCACAUCUUAUACGGUAAGCACGUCCCCGCGCUCAAGCACAGGUCGCUGUACAUCUUCGGCCCCAAAAAUCCGCUGCGGCUGGCCAUCGCAAAGGUCAUCUACCACAGAUACUUUGAGUACUUCAUCAUCGGCGUGAUCCUGAUUAGCUCGAUCAUCCUGGCGGUGGACGGUCCGGCGUACAGUAAAGACGCCCCCCUCAAGACGGCGAUGGACAUAUUGGAUAUCGUGUUCCUCUUUAUGUUUGUGCUUGAGGCGAUGAUGAAGGUGAUCGUCCGCGGCUUCGUCGCGCACGAAGGGGCUUACCUGCGCAGCGCCUGGAACGUGCUCGAUUUCAUCAUCGUCAUCGUGGGGUUGAUCGCGUUCGGCAUCGAGUACAGCGACGGGUCCUCGCGCGACCUGAUGGCGGUGAGGGCGCUUCGAACGUUCAGGGCGUUGAGACCCCUGCGCAUGGCGUCGCGAGCGCAGGGCAUGAAGGUUGUGGUCAACGCCCUGUUCAGCGCGGUUCCCGGGAUCACCAACGUGGCGUUCGUGUGCCUCUUGUUCUACGUCAUCUUCGGCAUCCUCGGCCUCAACCUCUUCAUGGGGAAGAUGUAUUACUGCGCGGACACCGACGACCUGUCCACGCGACUGGUCCCGGAGAGUAUGGGAUCGACGUGCGAACCGAGGGCGUACAACACGCACUGGACCAACCCGCGCGAUUACGAUUUUGACAACAUCGGGCACUCCAUGCUCUCGUUGUUCGAGAUGGCGACGCUCGAGGGCUGGCUGGAGAUCAUGUACCACGGCGCGGACACCACCGAAGUCGACCUGCAGCCGAUACGGGAUAACAACCCGUACUACUGCCUCUUCUUUGCGUUUUUCAUCAUCGUGGGAUCCUUCUUUGUCAUGAACUUGUUUGUCGGCGUGACCAUCGACAAGUUCAACGAGAUGAAGGAGAAGCAGGAGAAGAGCGUGUUCAUGACCGACGAGCAGCAAUCGUGGGUCACGAUCCAGCGUCUGUUGGUGGGAAUCAGGCUGAAGAAGACGGCGAACAGGCCACUGAACCGCAUGCGCAACUUCAUCUACGAUGUCGUCACCAGCCGAUCGUUUGAGACGCUGAUUCUGUGUCUCAUCAUGGCGAACAUCCUCGUCAUGUCCAUGACCCACGCGGACAUGUCGGAUGAGUUUGAGAAUGUUUUGUUCCUCCUCAACUGCGGGUUCGCGGGUAUCUUUGCGAUCGAGGCGAUCAUGAAGCUCAUCGCGUUCAAGCCCAGCGGAUACUUCCGGGAUCCCUGGAACACGUUUGAUUUCAUGGUUGUCUCGCUGUCCGUCGCGGGCAUCGCGGUGACCUUGACCACGGACAUCUCAGCUACGUAUCUGAGCAUCAUCCGUGUGUUCCGCGUGGCGAGAAUCUUCAGACUGAUUCCCAAGGCGAAGGGGCUGAAGAAGUUGUUCCAGACGUUGCUCUAUUCGCUUCCGGCUCUGGCCAACGUGGGCAGCGUCUUGUUCCUGUUCUUCUUCAUCUUCGCCGUUCUCGGCAUGAACCUGUUCGGUAAGGUUCGCGUCACCGGCAACUUCCUCAACAGGUAUGCCAACUUCGAGACGUUCGGGUACUCGAUGCUGACGUUGUUCCGCAUGGCGACUGGCGAAGCUUGGAACGGCAUCAUGCACGACUGCAUGAUCACAAAGCAGUGCGAUCUGAACGAGGACCUGUACACCAACCAGUGCACUCCGCACCCGGUGGGCGCGAUCAUCUUCUUCUGCUUCUUCUGCAUCCUGUGCGCGUUUGUCAUGCUCAACCUCGUCAUCGCGGUCAUCUUGGACAACUUCCAGAACAACUCAAAGACAUCAGAGCUCGGCGUGAGCAAGGAGGACAUGAUGCACUUCACAGACGUCUGGAUGCGCCUGGAUCCGAGGGCGACCUACUAUAUUCCCGCGGAAAGUCUGCCACGUGUUAUCGGCGCGAUGGACCACCCGGUGGGCACGCGAGGUUUGAGCAAGCGCGAGGCCAAGACAAAAUGCAUGCAUAUCAUCAUGACGGUUGAUAUUCCCAACCACGACGGCAAGAUUCACUUCCUCGAGACCCUCCACGCGCUGACGGGGAGGAUCGCCGGGACGGAGCUGCCGGAGUCCGAGGAGGUCAAGGUCAGAGACUCGAUGGUGGACAGGUUGCCCACCUUUGCGAGCGACAAGGACGUCCCAAAGUUCACGGCGGCGCACUUCCACGCGGCGCUCUACGUGCAGGCUGCCGUGAGGGGAUACAUGCAGCGGUACAGGAUGAGGGAGAAGCUGGCGCAGGCGGAGAAGCUCGCGCAGGAGAAGCGGGAGGCGGCGGUGGCGGGAAAAUGAGGAGCGCCGAACCACGCCUUUUAUUAGCAAUCGUUGAAAGACUAAGAUUACGGGUAGAGUUGUUGAGACUCGUGACAGCAUCUGCGCGUAUUCCUCACUUGGAUUUUUUCGGUUCGUCAGCCCCCUCCUCCUCCCCGGCCUCGACGAAAGCCCAGAUCUCCUUCAACUCCUUCACUCCACCCGCGACGAGCGCGCGGAGGAAGGUGGCGCCGAGGAUACCCGGCACGAUGUAAAGAAGAGCCGGCUGCGCCGCGUUGAACACGUUCAUCACCACAAUCGUCGUCGCCAAUCCGGCAAAGUACCCGAAGAUCACCGCCGGGAAGUACCGCUUGGGCGCCGGCUUACCCUCCGCCUUCGCCUGCGCCGCGCGCUGCAGGUCCAUUCGCAGCGUGAGCGCCACGUAAAUCCCCGGCACCACGAUGUCGCCCAGUCCGAGCAUGCUGAAGGGCGACUUCGACCCGGGCUCGACGACUCUCGGAAACAGGAGCUUGAUGGGGGCGUCGAAGGACUUGGCGACGGUGACCAUGACGGGGGUGAAGAACACCCAGAAGAUGUCGUAGAAGAAGAGUCCCACGAGCAGGAUGGUGCCGAUCUGCACGCUGUCCAGCGUGAGAAACUCGACGCCGGUGAGGGAAAACGCGAGACCGAGGGCGUUGUUUGCCACCCAGUGUUUCUCCAUCACAUACCACCCGCAGAAGCCGCACGCGGCGACGCCGGCGAUGAGCUCCGGCGGCGUGCACUCCAGCUUGGUCGGUCCGUCGGUGAUGAGCGGGAUCGUGGGUAGGGUUCCGAAUU